UCGCGCUGCAUCCUGGGUACACAUAGCUCCGCUGUGAUGCAGUGAGCUUGUUGUGUUGACUGGUAACCAGCGGAAAGUACACGGCGGGGAAGGGGUCUGCCACCGAGGGGUGGGCUUUCAGCGAGUUUUACAAUGCGUCUUUCACCGAGUUGAACGCUCUCACAGAACCAUGAACCAACUUCGCCGGUCGCCUCGGAACGGACUGAGCCACAUUUGAGCCCCGACGACGAGCGCUUGUUGGCGGAGAGAGCGAACAUGAAGCAGCCGAGCGCUCCGCUCUCUGUUGUCGGCUUGACUGGGAAAUGGUAGCGUGCUGCAGGGACCACCGCACUGGGAAGGAUCAUGGUCGAGAGGAGCAGCAAAUUCUUGUUGAUCGUCAUCGGAUCCGUGUGUUUUAUGCUGAUCCUCUAUCAGUACGUGGCUCCCGGGGUGAUCAAUUUCGGCUCCCCGCACGGUUACUUCACGGAGGACGACGAGGGGGACAUCUUCCCCACUCCGGACCCCCACUACGUUAAGAAAUACUACUUCCCCGUCAGGGACCUGGAGAGGACCAUCGAUUUCCAGAUCAAGGGGGAGGACGUGAUUGUGUUUUUGCACAUCCAGAAGACAGGGGGGACUACCUUCGGUCGGCACCUGGUCCAGAAUGUCCGCCUGGAGGUUCCCUGCGACUGCAGACCGGGCCAGAAGAAGUGUACCUGCUACCGGCCGAACCGCAAGGAGACCUGGCUCUUCUCGCGGUUCUCCACCGGCUGGAGCUGCGGCUUGCACGCCGACUGGACCGAGCUCACCAACUGUGUGCCGGGGGUCCUCAACAAGAAGGAGAACAAGCAGAAGAACCAGAGGAAGUUUUACUACAUCACUCUGCUGAGGGACCCCGUGUCCCGCUACCUCAGCGAGUGGAGGCACGUGCAGCGGGGAGCCACGUGGAAAACCUCCCUGCACAUGUGCGACGGCCGAACCCCGACGCCCGAGGAGCUGCCUUCCUGCUACGAAGGCUCCGACUGGUCGGGGUGCACGCUGCAGCAGUUCAUGGACUGUCCGUACAACCUGGCCAACAACAGACAGGUCCGCAUGCUGGCCGACUUGAGCCUGGUCGGCUGCUACAACAUGUCCACGGUUCCAGAGAAGAAGAGGGCCCAGCUUCUGCUAGAGUCGGCCAAGAAGAACCUGCGAGACAUGGCCUUCUUCGGACUCACAGAGUACCAGAGGAAAACGCAGUUCCUCUUUGAACGAACCUUCAGGUUGCGCUUCAUCAGGCCUUUCAUGCAGUACAACAGCACCCGGGCUGCAGGGGUGGACCUGGACAACGCUACGGUGCAGCGCAUAGAGGAGCUGAACGAGCUGGACAUGGAGCUCUACGACUACGCCAAGGACCUGUUCCAGCAGCGCUACCAGUACACCCGGCAGCAGGAGCGGUGGCAGCAGCGCAUCAAGAACCACAUGCAACAGAGUCGCCAGGGCCUGAGCGUCGGCCUGUGGCCCUCCCGCGGCCAAGCUAGCUCACAAUCAACACUGGAGGAGGGGGACAGGGAGAGGAGCGAGAGGGAGGAGCGGGAGGACGGAGAGGAAGGGGGGAGAACGGAGGAGGCAGGCGCCAGGCUUCCCACCGAGGACUACAUGAACCAGAUCAUCAAACGCUGGUAGCAACAGAACGAGAACAAACGACAGACAUGCAUACAUAAUGUGAAAGUCAUACUCACACACACACACACACACACUGAGAAAGAGAGAGAGAGGUGCAUUUGCGGAAAGCGCCGCCUCCUUCAAAGACCACAACCAAACGCAGACUACCACAGAUCUGGGCCGCAAGACUUGCAGUCUUGGGGCGGUUGCUAUAGCAACCGGAGGCUGGUAGCUUGCAUCGACUCUCAUUAUUGAGGUUCGCCCAGUUGUUAUCGGCGCCUGCUUGCCCUUUCGCCACCCUGCCACAUCUUCCUCGUUUCUUUGUCUCUGCCAUCAUCGUUACUUCCUGAGCGGAGGGAGAGCGGAACAUUUUUAGAAGUUGCUGACAACGUCCCGGCUUCUCCUCUCCUGCGUCUCUCGCCCCCUCUGCGGCCCGGCGGAGGAAAGGGGAGCGGAGUGGAGCACGAGGAAAGGAAAAUCAAGUCUGUGAGAUUCAAGCAAUCCUUUCCGGAUGCUCCCGUAUCAAGAGAAACUGGAUAUGCUCCGAACAAAGGAUAAAAAGUAUGACAGUGUUACAGACCGUAUCAGGGAGCAGAAAAAAAAACAAAAAAAACUGCAGAAAGUUGUGUAAUGAAAGCUCUGCGCUUGCAUAAAGCACCCAUUUCAUCCAUGAAGCAUACAUGUGUCCUGCAACAGUCGUCUUCUUGUUAUUUUUAAGAUGCUUUUAUUUUUGUCUUGGUCCUUAAGCUUUGUUUAAAAGCAACAUUGUAAUAACACUGAGACCAACUUUGCUGCCUAAAGAAAAUUCCUUUUCUUUUCUUUUUUUUUUAUUGUUUUAUAUGUCAAAAAAAAAAGGGGUUGGAUUGAUGAAUAAUGGACCAUAGCCAUUACUGAAGCCUUUGCUUCUUUUAGGAAGGGUGUCGCCCAUGUGUCUGAUAAAGGUUCCCAAAGCUCCUGUCACUUUAACAAGUUCAUUACUUUUGCCUUUUCUCUUUUUUUUUAAUUUUUAUUUAUUUUUUUUAUUUCACUUGUUGCAUCUGAGUCCUGCAGAGAAAGGCAGCCAAUUACAGAACCGAAUCUCACAUAGGUGUGAAGAAACCAGUAGCAGUGGGGCGGGGUGGCAGGGUAGGGGGGGAGGGGGGGGCAGCGAGUGAAUGUGCUGUGGGUUAUUGCCAGGAACCGUGCAGCGCGAGUGGCAAGCGCUUUGGAAGCCUUAACUCGGACAAAAAUGCUUGAAAUGGGAGCUGGAGAACUACCGGUCACCAUGGCAAUGUAAGCUCUUAAUGUAGUGGGUGGCAUUUUAGCUUCUCUUCCUCUUCUUCUUCUUCUUCUGCUGUCUUUUUUUUUUUUAUGUCUUGACUGCGUUGUAAAAGCAGCCAUCUCAUGCAAGCCUCUAUCCCACCUUCCUAAAGGGCAAACGUUGCCGUGGUGACCUGCAGCUCGUCAGCGCGAAGAACGGACGGGGUGAGGUAGCAGUGCCUCUAUGUACUUGGAUUAUAGACAACAUAAUUAUUGCCAGAUAUUAAGUCUGCAUUGUACUACGGUAAUUUCUUUGACUACUUGUGAGUUUGUGAGAGAGAGUGUGAGUGUGUGUGUGUGUGUGUGUGUGAGAGAGAGAGUGUGUAAAUAUAGUGUGUACAGGAAGCCAGAUUGGUGUUUGCCUUUGUAAAUAGUGAGAAUGACCGACAGAGGAUGUUUGUGAACGACUCGUUUCAUGACCAAUUACCUUGCCAUUUCUAUGUUUUUUUUUUGUUGACAGAUCACACUCAUACAAGUCCUUUUCUUGUCUCCUUUCCAUGUUUUGGUCGGAACCCACAACUGUAGCUUUACACUAUUUCUAAUUGUACAGUAAAAUGACCAAUCUGCACUUUUUAAUCCAGCUUUCCAACCUCAGCAUAUCCCCAUUACUGUCAGUCCUUGCACCCCUCCAUGUGCAGACCUUACUGUGAAAAAAAAAAAAAAAAAAAAAUGCUUAUAUUUUUUUAAACCGUUUUGCAGCUGCUUGGUCGUAUCUUCAAAGGUAUUUCCGCAGUCCCACGGGGCCCGGCUUGUUUACCUGUGCAGAUACAUGUUUGCGUGAGGUUGAGUUUCCACAGACUAUUGGGCUGGAUGUUGACACGCGGCCGGCAGCUGGUUUGGCCCCAGGUGUGCGUUUUAUUAAUCUCUGCGGGAAGUAGAUGCUUGAGAUAUCUUCAAAAAAAUAUUUAGAGACGCAUCUUGUGUUAUCCUCCCCCCACCGCCCCCCCUGCAAGGUUUGUGUUGGAAACCAAUUUUAAGUGAAUCUCAGACUUUAAGGCAUGGAGGUGAUGGCUGCAGUGCCUUGCUAAAGUAACUACAACUCUUGAACUAAAAACUUUUUAAGUUUUUGAGGGAGGACUUUAUGUGAUGGAGCAAGAAGAA